AUGGGGUCUGUUUCUAACCAGCAGUUUGCAGGUGGCUGCGCCAAGGCGGGCGAGGAAGAGCCCAGCGGGGAUUCGCCCAGGCCGGACGAAGACAGCCAACCCCUCUUGCAUGGCGCCGGGAUCUGUAAAUGGUUCAACGUGCGGAUGGGCUUCGGCUUCCUCUCCAUGACCACCAAGGAAGGCGUCGCCCUCGAGUCCCCCGUGGACGUUUUCGUGCACCAGAGCAAGCUCCACAUGGAAGGUUUCCGCAGCUUGAAAGAAGGAGAAGCAGUUGAAUUCACUUUCAAGAAAUCCUCUAAAGGUUUGGAGUCCAUCCGAGUCACUGGCCCCGGAGGAGUUUUCUGCAUUGGCAGCGAAAGGAGACCGAAGGGAAAAAACCUUCAGAAACGCAGGUCGAAAGGAGAUCGAUGCUACAACUGUGGUGGCCUGGAUCAUCAUGCCAAAGAAUGCAAGCUCCCUCCGCAGCCUAAGAAAUGCCACUUCUGCCAAAGCAUUGCCCACAUGGUGGCCAACUGUCCGAUCAAAACGCAGCAGUCGCCCAGUUCUCAGGGAAAGCCCACAUACUUCCGGGAGGAGGAAGAAAUGCACAGCUCAUCCUUUCUUCCUGAAACCAGGGAAUGAUCUCUGGAAAUCAGUAGGAAAUCUGCCCAGUUGACCGGCUUCAGGGCAUCAAGUCAGCCAAAAUGGGAGCAGAGAACAGCAUUGGCUCCAAGCUAUGAGUGAACAAGCACUGGGCAGGAGAGCAGCAGCUUUUAUCUUUAGCAAAGGCAAAAACUUGAGUGGAAGGGGGAAACCCUUUUUCUCCUUUUAGUGGGUGGGGAAUCUAAGGAAUCCCUUUCUUAAUCAGUUUUGUGAAAUUGGAAGAAAAAGCCAAAGGUACCUUUGUGAGCUUGGCUUUCUUCACUAAUCCGAGUGAAGAUCAAGAAAAUGCAAAAAACAAAAAAACCCUGAAGUUAUGGAUCUCAGGAUGUGUUUGUACUUGAGUUAAAUGUGUUUGUGUGUCUGUGUCUCUCUGUGUGUAUAUGUCAUUGCUACACAUUGACAAGACCAUUGGAAUUGAAAUAAGAUAACUGGCAGGCUCCCCUCUCUUAAGACAAUCCGAGGGUCAAGGAAGGAAGAGUCCCACUUUAGAAGUCUUUAGGGACACCGACUCCCCAAACUGCCUGCCCCAUGUUCUCUUAACAGAAAAUAACUGAAUCUCCUCUAUUUUCAUAUCUGAACUGGGAUUCAUUUGUUGUUAGGGAGAAGUAAGAGCCACAUGCUUUUAGAUGUUUAUGGGACCUGAAGGAGUAUUGGCAGGCGCAGGAAUCUGAUUUCUGCCAAAACAAACCUGAAGGAUUAGAUCUGUUUAACUUCUGUGCUAUUAACGUCUAUAGCCAUACUCCUUCCUGCAGGUGCUUGUUUGGCUAAUUCAGAUGUUUAACACACACACACACACACACACACACACACACACACACACACACACGAUACAAACACAUAGACACAAAAAUGCAAAUUUGGCACAUAUCUAAUAUUGCCAUGCAUGCGACCUACAUAUUUUUCAUUCUCUAAAUGAGCACAAGGGUUCUAAGUUUAAAUAUGUGUUUACUUUGUCAAGCCCACUCAUCAGAUAAAAACUGCUGCUCCAUUGCCCAGCUUAAUUUCUGUAGCUCUGCCUUUAAUUUAUUUUGUUCCCGCGGACAGCUGGACUUGCCGUGUGAAAAGCGGGAGGGUGGGUGGACCUCUCUCUGCUCUGAAGCCGUGAUGUGAAAUCUGCACUACGAUGUGCGUGAAUGACGUAUCUUUGGGUUUGUUAUUUUUAUUUUGCUUUUCUUUGGGAGGGGGGAAUGUUCCCUUGUUUUAAAAGUAUAAAUAUUCUGUUUUGUAUUUUUGUAUAUUUUAAAUUUUAAGAGGAAAAAAAGGAAGAAAAAAACGACACGAUUCUGCAAUUUAUUCUCAGGUAUUCUCACACAUCUCAGGGAUGGAAGAAUCUUGGCAGCUCUGGGGCUGAAUGGAUCAGCGUUUAACAGCACAAAGAAUAAGAGAGCCUCCGUUUUUAAAACAUUUUGUAGCUCUAACAAUCUCUGUGUGUGAGUGCAUUGAUGUUUCUAAAUGCUGUAUUUUAGUAGAUUUCUUCUUUUCCCUCUUGGAUACAAGUGAAGGUAAAAGGAUUUGUGGCACAGCUCAGAGGAAAGUCUCCAUGUAGAGAUACUUCUGUGGGGCUUCCUUCCUUUCCCCCUCAAAGUUGCAUAAGCUAAAGGUUUCUCCAAGGACUGCCUGUGGACCAACAAGCCAAAGGGAAGGAUAUCCCACAGCAGUGCAUUAUAUUGGUGAUGUAAUUUAUACCCUAGUAUAGUUUUGGUGCCUGAUAGGAUCUCCUCUGUUCCACCUAUCCUUAAGCCUUUUGACUCAUUGACCAUUCCUGCAUCUCAUCUCUAGUAGAAUUUCUUGUUCAUGCAUGUUAGAGUCUAGACCCAUAUUAUCCUUUAACUGUCAGUUUCAUGUAAUGUUCAGAUUCUGCAAGUCUUAAGAAACUGAAAUAGGAAAGGGGAGAAUCUGUAAAUUGGUCAGAAAACUUUGACACCUCUUGAAAGUAGAGAAAUGUACUUGCUGCGUCAGGCACAUCAGCAGACAUGUCCACUUAUCCAGGUCAGGAUGUCUUAUAUUCCAAGCCCCAUGAAUUAUUUGAAAUAAACAAAAAAAAAUCCAUCUCUCCUUUCCAUAUUUUUGUCAGGAAAAGAAAAAGAGAAACUAUAUUUCAUUUGCUGCCUUUUCACUCUGCCCCAAACCCACAGUUGAAGGAUGUCACCUCACUCUGCUGAAUAGUAGGGCUUGCCUGCUGGAGGUGAUAUUGCAAGCAGGAAAGGAUCUGCAAAGAUGGGAGAGUUAGGCAGCAAUUGAGAGCAUGUAACACUGCAGAUGUUGAUAAAUCAUAGCUGUAUUAGCUAUGCUGGCUGGGACACUGAAUUGUAUUUUGGAGCACCCAACUUCCCAGUUUUCUACUCUGCUACUCUUGGGAAGUUGUGUAGGAUCUGCUGUUUGAUAUCAAAGUAACUAGCUUUCUCGCAGUUGCUAAGGGGUGAAUGCAGCACUCUUAAAACAUUUAAGUGGAACAGUGAAAACUAAAUGUGUUUUGGGAACUUACAGAACUGAGCAAUACAAUUCAAAAGAUGCUGAACAACUUAAAACUUCCAUGUCAUUCGUCUUCUGACUCACCCAUCACAGAAAUAGUGGCAGUGAGAAAUAUGCAGGUGGUUAAUUUUGAUAUGUUGCUGUGAAGAAACUACUGUAUCUACCUCAGGAUUCUUUUUGAUGACAAUAGGUGUCAAAUACAAUAGAACUUACCACUAGGUAAGUUACUUUGCUCUAGAUUGGUCAAAGAAUGAAUGCUUCCCUAGGCUGUGCCCAAAAUUUAGAUUGUGGCACCUUGGAGUUUUGAAUCUGCUUUUUAUUAAGAAGAAAAAAGAAGGAUAAGUGACACUCUUCCUCUUUCUAGAUGCUUAGUCUGUGUAAAUAUCUCAUGUAAAGUUGUCUGAUUUCUUCCCAAUUUCUUCUUGGAUUAUUGUUUACAAACGUAAGAAAAAUAGCCAAAGCAAGGGGGUUGUAUUUGCACCAGAGAUAUGGGGGUAGGGUUCCCUCUUUGUACUUUAUUGUAAUUCUGCCAAGUGAGAGCUGGUGAAGUCCCCUCUCCCCAUCUCUCUUGUAACUGCUGAGAUCAUUGGAUUAUUGGAUAACGGUGAUUUAUCUGUAAGAGCAUUGAAUGGAAAAGAAAAUCAUGUUUUGAAACUCAUUGUAGUGAGGUUGGAUAGCACCAGCGGUAGCUUUGCAUCGCUCUGUUUUCAAAAAAUGGGAAAGUGAGAGAUUUUGGACAUUGAAAAAAAAAUGUCUUGAAAGACCUUUGACUUGGUCUUACAAAUAAAUUGCUGUCUGGCACAAGGAAUGAGAAUACAAUUUGGAGAGUGGUGGACACUAUGCAUAAAGAGUAAACGGUGUGAAUGGCAGGCAGGGUAAAGCCAUGUCCGCACUCAGGGUCAUUGUGGUGUGGGGAAUUUGAAU